AUGGGUCCCUCGCAGCCCCUGUGGCUGGGGCUCCUGGUGCUGGGCUGCUGCUCCGCUGCCCCUCGCCAGCCGACCUUUGUGGUCUUCCCCAGGGACCUGAGGACUACCAACCUCACUGACACCCAGCUGGCACAGGAAUACCUGUACCGCUAUGGCUACACCCGGGUAGCUGAGAUGCAAGGGGAGAAGCUGAACCUGCGCCCGGCGCUGCUGCUGCUCCAGAAGCAGCUGUCCUUGCCCCAGACGGGUGAGUUGGACAGCAAAACCCUGGAGGCCAUUCGGGCCCCGCGCUGUGGUGUCCCAGACCUGGGCAAAUUCCAGACCUUCGAGGGCGACCUCAAGUGGCACCAUCGCAACAUCACGUACUGGAUCCAGAACUACUCGGAAGACCUGCCGCGGGAGGUGAUCGAGGACGCCUUCGCCCGGGCCUUCGCCGUGUGGAGCGCGGUGACCCCGCUCAGCUUCACGCGCGUGUACGGCCGCGAAGCCGACAUCGUCAUCCAGUUUGGUGUGGCGGAGCACGGAGACGGGUAUCCCUUCGACGGGAAGGACGGGCUCCUGGCGCACGCCUUCCCUCCCGGCCCCGGCAUCCAGGGAGACGCCCACUUCGACGACGAGGAGUUGUGGACCCUGGGCCAGGGCGUCGUGGUUCCCACCUACUUUGGAAACGCGAAUGGCGCUCCGUGCCACUUCCCCUUUACCUUCGAGGGCCGCUCUUACCAGGCCUGCACCACGGACGGCCGCCAAGACGACGCCCCGUGGUGCAGCACCACGGCCAACUACGACACCGACGGCCAGUUCGGCUUCUGCCCCAGCGAGAGGCUCUACACCCAGCACGGCAACGCGGACGGCAAGCCCUGCGUGUUUCCAUUCAUCUUCGAGGGCCGCUCCUACUCCGCCUGCACCACCGCGGGCCGCUCCGACGGCUACCGCUGGUGCGCCACCACCGCCAACUACGACCAGGACAAGCUUUACGGCUUCUGCCCCACUCGAGCUGACUCCACUGUGAUCGGGGGCAACUCGGCUGGUGAGCUGUGUGUCUUCCCCUUCAUCUUCCUGGGCAAGGAGUACUCCACAUGUACCAGCGAGGGGCGCAGGGACGGGCGCCUCUGGUGUGCCACCACCUCCAACUUCGACAAGGAAAAGAAGUGGGGCUUCUGCCCUGACCAAGGGUACAGCCUGUUCCUAGUGGCAGCCCAUGAGUUUGGACACGCGCUGGGCUUAGAUCACUCGUCGGUGCCAGAGGCGCUCAUGUACCCCAUGUACCGUUUCCUCGAGGGCUCCCCCCUGCACGAGGACGAUGUAAAGGGCAUCCAGCAUCUCUAUGGUGCUGGCCCUGCCCCGAGCCCAAGGCCUCCAACCACCGCGGCACCUGAGCCCCGGCCCACGGCGCCCUCGACAGUGUGCCCCACCGCGCCCCCCACCGCGCCCCCCACAUCCGGCCCUACGGGGCCCCCCUCGGCCGGCCCCACGGGGCCCCCCACGGCCGGCCCUACCGGCCCCCCGACGGCUGGCCCCUCUCAGGCUCCCACGGCGCCUUUGGAUCCGGCGGACGACCCCUGCCAGGUGCAGAUUUUCGACGCCAUCGCGGAGAUCGGAGGCUCCCUGCAUUUCUUCAAGGAGGGGCGGUACUGGCGGCUGUCGGAGGCCGGAGGGCGCCGGCUGCAGGGUCCCUUCCAGGUGGCCGACACCUGGCCGGCGCUGCCCGCCAGGCUGGACUCCGCGUUUGAGGACCCGCUGUCCAGGAAGAUUUUCUUUUUCUCGGGACGCCACGUGUGGGUGUACUCGGGCGCGGCGGUGCUGGGCCCGCGGCGCCUGGACAAGCUGGGCCUGGGCCCCGAGGUGGCCCGCGUGGCCGGGGUCCUCCCCCGCGGAGCCGGCAAGGCGCUGCUCUUCUCGGGCCAGCGCUUCUGGAGGCUGGACCUGAAGAUGCAGAAGGUGGACCCCCAGAGCGCGGCCGACUUGGACACCAUGUUCCCCGGGGUGCCCUGGAACACGCACGACAUCUUCCAGUACCGAGAGAAAGCCUACUUCUGUCAGGACCGCUUCUUCUGGCGCGUGAGUUCUCGGAAUGAGGUGAACCAGGUGGAUCAAGUGGGCUACGUGACCUUUGACAUCCUGCAGUGCCCUGAGGAGUAGGGCUCCCGUCCUGCCUCAGCAGCGCCACGCCGGUCUCCGCCGGGACCGUUCUCGUGGGGAGGAACGAGCCAGUUUGCUGGAUACAAACUGGUGACGUGUUCUGGAGGCCGGGAGGAGUGGAGGCGGGCUGGGCCUUCUCUUCACUCCUUCCUUUGUUGUUGGUCUGUUUCUAAUAAAUAUAGAUGGUGUAACCUGUA